UCGGCGACACCCGGGGCCGGUCCGACGGCGCACGCAGGCUCGCCACUCGGCUGCGGAAGGCAUUGGGACACCCCAGUGAGCUGUGACGCAGAGCCGGACCACGGCAUCUUUGGGUAUUCGUGGUUUUGUGGUAUUCCGUGGUGCCUCUGCGGCGACUCCGGCGCGCAGUGUUCCUGCAUCUAUCAUUGAUCGCCGUGCAGCCUUCCGAGCGGACGAUUUGAAUUCAACGUCCAGCAAAACUCCUGCGUCGCGCCGGAUCCAGUGCUCGGUCACCCUCCCGAGGUGGUCUCAGUGCGGUACCGCGGUGACCGGCGCGGCCUCCCGGUGCCGCCCGGCGCGGCGGUGCGCGUGCCUCGUCGGUCCGUGUGGUGGAUGCGCGGUGGAGGCCGGGCGCGACCAUCGCAGAGGUCCCGGCGCCCGGGCGCGCUGCCGCGGAGGAGCCGGAUGCGCCGGUAGCGCGCCGGGGGGCGCUCGGCCGCGGCGCCCCUCCCGCCGGCCGCCCGGCGCCCUCACACCGAUGGAUGCCGAACGCACCAGCGACUAGAUGUGCCAGCCGAGCCGCUGAUGGCGCGACUCGGCCUCGCCCGGUGUCGGCCCACGUCAUGCUCCUGAUGUGCGCGGCCCUGCUCGUGCUCACACCCUCUGUCGGCCUGGAGGUGCCAACUGGACGUCACGUGACCGCCCUGGUGGGGUCGAACGUUAUACUCGAGUGUCCGCUCAACUUUCCCAACGACGAGCACGUGCCCUACGUCAUCGAGUGGAAGAAACAGCACCUGCGCUCUCCACUGUACAUUUGGUACGACGGGUACCCGCCACACGUAGCCGACAGCUACCGGGGCCGUGUGAGCCGCGUCAGUGUCCGCUCCAGGGAGCACGGCCUGGCCUCGCUGAACGUUACCAACGUGACCGAGCCGGACGGCGGCUGGUACGAGUGUAUCGUGCACUUCCUCAACCAGUCGCCGGCCGUGCUGGGCAACGCCACCUGGGUCCACCUGGACGUUCACGCCGCGCCCCGACUGGUGCGGACCCCGGCCAGAGACGUGUUUGUCAACAUCGGCGACUCGCUGACGUUGACCUGUCAGGCGCGGGGCACGCCGCAGCCCGUCAUCAGCUGGCUCAAGGAGGGUAAGCCGGUGAGAAAGUCGGACACCAUCAGCCUGGAGCGGGGCGGCUCGGAGCUCAGGAUGACCAAAAUAGCCGCCGAGGAUAUCGGAGACUACGCCUGCGUGGCGGCCAACGCCGUGGGAGACGUGCAGUGGAAGUCCAAAAUUAUCAUGGCAGGCGGCGCGGAGAUCGAGAAGGGACCCAGUAACGACACAAAGCUGGCCGGCGAGCAGGCGGUGCUGCAGUGUCGCACGCGCGCCCGGCCAGAUAACGUCACCGUGCAUUGGCUGCGGGACGGGGUGGACGUGACGCGGCUGGCCGAGCUGCGCGGGCGACUCAAACUGGCCGACAACGGGUCACUGGUGCUGGCCGCCCUGCAGCCCGACGACCACGGCCGGUACACGUGCCAGGCGUCCAACGGGAUCGGCACGGCGCAGCGCGCCUCCGCCUACCUCACCGUCCACUUUCCGGCAGACGUGCCGUACACGCCGGCGGUGCAGCACCUGACGGCCGGCUCUCCGGGCGUCAUCCGGUGCCACAUCCGCUCCAGCCCGCCGUUCCAAUUCGUCACCUGGUACCACAACCGGCGCAGCCUCGAGCCCAAACACACCCCAGGCGUCAGCGUGCUCAAAAACGGGUCGCUGCUCAUCGAAAAGGUGACCACCGACCACCGGGGCACGUACCGGUGUCAGCCGUACAACCUGCACGGCACGGGCGGUGACUCGGGCGAGAUGCGGGUCGAGGUGCGGGAGCGGCCCCGGUUCCUGGUCCGGCCGAGGAACCUGUACCAGCGCCGACUGCAGGACACCGUACAGAUGCCCUGCGUGGUGGAAGGCACGCCCGCGCCAGAGGUCACGUGGAGGCGGCACGACAACCAGAGCCUGCCGUCGGACCGGAUCAGCCUCUCACAGGGAAACAUCACCAUCCGGCUGCUGCAGAAGUCAGACUUUGGCUACUACGAGUGUGUGGCGCGGAACAGCGCGGCCACCAUCGUCACCUCCACACAGCUGGUGACGGAGGGCGCCACCAGCCAGGCGCCGCACAACAUCAGCACCAACGUCUCCAGCUCGGCCAUCACGGUCCGCUGGCUGCCCGGCUACAGCGGCGAGCGGCUCUUCGACCAGCGCCACUCAGUCUGGUACCGUGAGGAGGGCGCCAGCAACUGGAACACGUACGAAAUCAAGGCAGGUGACGACGUCACGGACCAGGUGACCAUCUACCACCUGCCGUCCGGCACCGUCUACGAACUCAUGGUGGCCGCCAAGAACGAGCUCGGCGACAGCCUCUUCUCCGAGCAGGUCUCCGUCCGAACGCUGACCACGGACGAGGUGGCUGGAGUGGACGCCGGAGCAGACACGGCCGCAUCCAGGAAGGAGGCGCUCGACGGAGACGGCCCCCUGCCCGGAGCGCCGGUGGACCUCAACGUCACCGAGUCUCACGGCGGAGGGUUCCUGGUCUCGUGGAAACCCCCCGUGGAGAGUACACACGUGCCGGUGCUCCACUACGAGGUCCAUAUGAAGGUGGCGGACGGCAAAUGGACCAACCAGGGAGACCGGAAAAUCACCAAAACCAAAUACAUAGUGAGGCAGCUGCACGGCGGCCGCAAGUACUACUUCAAAGUGCUGGCGUUCUCGGCGGCGGGCAGUACUGCCAGCGAGGAGCUUAUGUACGAGGUGCCCGAGCACGUGCAGCAGAAGGCCAUCACUGCCGCGCUGGUCGGCGGACUGCUGCUGCUCAUCGUCUCUAUCAUCCUCUCCAUCUGCACCGUGAAAAUAUGCAACAAACGGAAACGGCGACAGCAGGAGAAAGAGUACAACAUGGUGGCGUGUCGUGUCACCGAGAGCCGCAGCGUGGUCAACAGUCCGGCUCCGGUACCCAGAGCGCUGGAGCGACGUGGAACCAUUUCGCUGGAUCAUUACUGAAGACAACUGCCAAAUGUGUACCAUUCCUACAGUUCCAUGAGGAGAGGUGCCCAGUCAGCCUCGGUGGAUCAAGUGUGCAUUAGUGGACUCAAAUUCCAUUGACAGUGGCCCCACCGCGGCCUGGCCCAGACAAUCGACAGGGAGGACUCCCAGGACGACCUCACUCAGUGUCACACGGUCCGUAUUCCUCUUUGUGGGCCUGCUCCGCUGGGAGUGUGACGGCUGUCGGCUGGCGGUCGGCCUGCAUUCGGAGACUCCGUGUCUAAAUAGAGUGAUUUGGAGAGAUCUCCAGUGUUAAAUGGCGGUCGUGUGAGAUUUCCACUGCUCACUCGGUGAAGGUUCCAGUGUCAUAAAGACUAAUAUGAUCGUUGAGGCGAUCGGUGACUGUCCGUACAACACCGUACGUACGGGGUACGGCGCUGACGUCAGCGCGGCUCAUAGGGUCAGACGGCCAACGGUACACGCUUCUGGUGCGGAACUCUGACAGACGCACAAAAUAGUAUGCUGCUUUCAGAGAGUGAGUGCGAAUUAUGCUGAAGUGAAUGACUUGAGCGAGAGCUUCGAAAUAUUACGAGGUGUGAUCCUUCGCGGCAGGUGCGUCAUGUUUUGUUAUGAAAGAGAGGAGAGGUUAUGUUGUUUGUGGCUAUAUGCACGUUAAAUAUGAGCUGUUAUACAUAAACAACGCAUGUUACAAUGAUGCUUGGUCUCAAAGAUCGAAAAUGUUGACGUAGGGCUGCUGGUUGCAUUUCAGCAACGCUAGUGAGCGCGUUUAGGACAUGGCGAGCUCUUUCACUUAGUGAGAAAUGUUGCUGCAAGUGAUCUACGAGUACCUACUUCUGGUGCGUGAGGGCUCCGCGGCCACGUCUCCUAUUGGCCACACGAUGGCAGCGCUAAGCAUAGAUGCCUUCUGUGAAGCUGAAAACUACAAGGCAUCAUGUGCGCUGUCCAAUAAAUUUGUUUACGGUGAA